UGUUGCUGAGUUUCAAGUGAGACCGGAGAGAGAAAGCACAACUUGUGCGCUUGGGCCUACAGCUUGGCCUCACAGGAAUACUUUCUACUUGGAUAAUUUCCUUUCUAACAGGUACUUGGGACUGCUUUGAUAAUUUGACAUGGAUCAUUUCAGAAAUUGUUUGACCAUGGGAACGUUUUUUACACACUUCUGGCUACAGUUGGCUGGAAUGUUUGUUCUUACACACUAUUUGAAUUCAGGUGUGACAGAGGCCAUGCAGGUGACAUCCACGGGCCCCCAGACUAUCCAGAAGGCCAAGGGGGAGUCUGUGACACUUGGGUGUACCUACACGUCUGGCUCCUCAGACACGGGGGACCUGGACAUAGAGUGGUCCAACGUCAGCCCAGACAUGACCCAGAAAGACACACUGAUCUUAUCUUACGCAGGAGGGAAGACGCUGCAUUACGGGGAUGCCAGCCUGUCCGCCAGACUGAGUUUCGUUGCAGAUCCCACGAAAGGAGACGCCUCAGUUUCGAUCUCCUCGUUACUAGUCUCAGACACAGCGACAUACCAGUGCAAAGUAAAGAAGGCACCGGGCGUCGACAUGAGAAAAGUCACCGUGGUAGUAAUGGUCCCCCCCUCUGAGCCCAAGUGCUGGGUGGACAGCAGUGAGGAGAAGGGGACCACGGUAUCCCUGCGCUGCAAGUCCUCUCAGGGCUCCACUCCUCUGACCUACGUCUGGAAGAGAGAAAGUGGCGGGCCCAUCCCUCCCACUGCCACACAAGACCCACAGACAGGGCUGCUGAUGAUAAAGAACCACUCUGAGAGCUACAUGGGAAACUACCUGUGCCAGGUCCAGAAUGCAGUGGGAAAACAACAGUGCAAAUACACACUGAAUGCAUACAAUCCCACAGACAGAGUGGGGGUGAUUGUGGGCGCUGUGAUUGGUGCUCUGCUCCUGCUCCUCCUCCUGCUGUUCCUCAUCUGGCUGCUGAUUUGCUGCUGCCACAAGCGUCGCUACCAGAAGGAGCUCGCCAACGAGAUCAGGGAGGACGCCCCAGCCCCUGAGAGCCGGCCCUCCAGCAGGAACUCCAGCUACCGCUCGGUGCUGGGAUAUCGCGCCCACUCCGGGGGGAUCCACAGCUCCGCCAGGAAGGCCCCGUCCAGCAGGGCAGGCUCUGGCCAGGGCAGCAUCCAUACGCCCCAGCCUACCCCCAGACAGAACCCCCCUCCCCUGAAGUACGACAGUCGCUAUGGUUACCCUGUGUAAACACACAGCUACUGGGCUGGGAGUUGUGGAUAAAGUAGGAGGACUUUCAGAAAAGACAAAUAUAUGUGAAGGCUAUUUAAAAAAAAAAAGUUUUUGUUUUAAUUUCUUUGACUUUGUCUUGUAAAUGAGUUUAAAUGAGAUCGAUGUCUAUUUUGCUUGGUGAAUACAUUAUCAGUAAAGGAAAGUAUGCUUUGUAUAUGCUUGUACAAUAAAAAUUUUACACUUUUUUUUUUAAUCAAAAA